AUGUCGGACGAAGUUUCAAAGGGCAAGGAGGGUAUCUCAACAACAAUAGGGCAGUCUACACCUCAUACAAGGCCACGAAGAGGUACUCUAAGCGAGGAGGCCAAACAAACUUUCGUCAAUGCAACAAAUUAUAUUAAUCAAAAAAUAUUGCACAGACGGACUUCGGUUUCUUCUCAGAGACCAAUCGAAACAAUGAUAGUUCAGACAGAGACAGAUGCUUCUGCAAACAAUUUAAAUUCGGCUAGUCCUACUGUAAUUAAUAAUAUUGCUCCUUCACAACAACAACUUUUGCAGUCUUCUCGCACAGAUAAUAUACUACGGAGAAAAAAUAGUCGUUCUCCUAACAACAAUUAUUCGCCCAGCCCUCCUUUACAGUCUUCAUUUCCUUUAACAUCAACUGCUGAAGAACAUUUAACCGAAACCCUCGAUAAAAUAAAUUGCGAUUUAAUUAAUAGACGAUCAAUAGAAAGUGUUCCAGAUAUCAACGGAGCCCGUUUACCUAGUAAUAAUAUCGGUAAUAAUAGCAUACUUAAGCGUUUGGGAACAUAUAGUGGAAAUUCUUCAAGUCAACAUUCACCUACAGCUUCAAUAUCUUCGCGCAAAGCAAAUUCAUUAUUUACAUUCGAUAUGAAUAGAGAGAACAAAGGCAUGUUAAAAGAUGAUAGGAUGGAGAAAUUAUUAAAAAAGGCAAAGAUAUUCUUGGAUCAAAGGCAAAAACCAAAAGCAAGAAUUACAUCACUUUGGAGUUUUAUUGGUGAGCUAUUCUCUUGGUGGAGUGUAGUGUACUUAACUUAUAGCUACAGGAGUAGUGUUCUUUUUUUUAUUUUUCAAUUAAUUGAUUGUUUAUUUUGUGGAAAUAAAGAUGUUACGAAUGAAUUAGAUCAAGCUCAAUUCUUUCAGGAGCAUGCCGAAGAUGUAUUCGAUGUAGUUUAUAAGUCAUUUAUGGGCCAAGCCGAAAAAAUAAAACAAAAACCUGAUAGACCCAUGACAUUUUCGUCAAAAGAAUUUUUGAAUAUAAAUAAGACCUUGUUAUUAUUACGAAAAAUAUUUUUAUUCUUACCAGACAAAAUUAGAGUGGGGUGGCAGCGGAGACAAAUAGGAUUUCAGCUUUUGUUAUUAUGGUUAAAUGAUCAAACUAUCGAGUUGCAAGAGUGCAUGUAUCUUUAUUCAAACGCUAUUUCGUUAGAUUUAUUUUUGUAUGAUCAAAUACGGAAUGGAGGUGAUGAUUAUUAUGAAAGACAAAAUGCAUGGCGAAAAAGCAAUGUUCAUUUAGGGCUCGGACAAGAGUUAAUUCGAUCCGAUGAUCAAGCCCCACUAUUUCCGAAUCCUCAUCCCCCUACUUAUAAUGAUGCUGUACAAUUGAUCCAACUUGAUUUAAGUAGUCUUGUUAGGCUAGCACAUGUUGCUGCCGGUUCAACUCCACCACCAGAAAAUUAUGAUUUUCCCGCAAUUGAAAACAUCGAACCUGAUAAUGGAAUAGCAACCGGGAUGGGCAUUGAUGCUGCUUUUGCUGCAGCUAAAUUUCAUUUUGAUCUUACAAAAAAACAUUAUUUUGUAAAACUUUUUCCUCAAUGUGCUAAGAGUAUUGGUUUGCUGGCAGAAAAUCAAGAGUACGGUUUUAAAAAAUGCCCACCGACAAUUCUCCGUGCAUUAAUCACGUUUUUUAUCCACCACUGUCUUGAUAAUCAUCAUAGCCCAUCAGAAAAGAUUUCGUCAUAUCCUUCACCUGCUACUCCAAUCCUAAAGUCUAUUGUAUUGGGCCCAGAGAAUCGCGAAUUUGCGCAUGAAAUAGUGCGCCAAGCUCUUAUGUUGCCUGCUGGUAGCCCAUUAUAUAAAGAUAUUGUGAGAGGUGCUGUUCAUAUUGUUGGUGUCUGGAUACUUAGUGGAGUUAGUACAAAUAGCGUUUAUCUAUUGAUUAAUUCUACAAUUAAAGAAGAAGAGAGACCAGCAUUCUUACGCAAGUCUCCAUCACAAGGUCCACUAUCCGCUUCUACAACCGGAUCUUUUAAUAAUCAUACUUCCUCAGUAGAUAGUCAGAGUGAAAAUCCAAGCACACCAGCUAUUACACCUUCAUCAGCUACUUCGUUUUCCACAACAUAUUCGAGCGCUAAUGUGUACCUCCGGAGAUACAUUCAAUUAUUAAGUCUCGUUUUCGAAGACCAUUCGUUCAUGACCCUCAACGGUAUGACCAAUCUAGAGGUAGAUUCGCAAGUUUCAAUAUAUAAAGAUGUCCUUGCUCUUUAUCGAUCAAUGAUUUCAGAAGGACCUAUUGAGAUAGAGACGGAAACAUGGGAAGUUUUACUUUUGUCACUUUUGGUUAUUCAAGAAAAAAUUAUGAAUCAGAAAGAUAAGUAUGCUGCAAUACCUUCAGCAUCAUUGGCAGAAGAACUAGCUGAUUAUCUAGUCGAAACAGUACUGAAUGCAUUCGCACGGUCAAAAGCUCAGCAACCUGACUUAUGGAGAGAAUUAAGGAAUCAAAUGAGUUAUAGUACAAGAUGGUCUCAAACUAUUUCUCAAUGGGCUAAAAUCAUGCUACGUCUUACUAAAAUUAUUUCGAAGCAUGUCUAUAAUGUUGACCUUGAUGCUCUUGAAUUAGACCGUCGACUUGCAGAACUUUCUACCUCUGAACGUCAUCAUCAUAGACGUAGACCUUCCAAAAAUCGCACACGACAUCUUUCUUUGCGAGGGACACAUAAACAUAAAUCUUCUGGUAGCACUUCUUCACGUGAGGAGGUCCUGGGAGCACUCAAUGCUGAUUUUUCAUUGUCUGCUAAAAAUACUACUGAUAAUAAUAAAUGCGGUCGCCGAACGCUGAGUAUGCAUCAAGAUAUGAAUUCAUUGGAUCCAAAAUUGUUAAGCGGACAGACUUUAUUUAAUGUUGUAGGCAGUGGUCCUGCUUCAUCAACACAUUCUGCUGAGUCCAAAUCACACCGGACCUCUUCAUCUUCCGUAUUUUUUGCACAUCCAAAUUUUAGCGGCGAAAAAUUAUCAAUAUCUCUGGGUAAUUUCAGAUGUCCCGAUUAUUGCAAUUUGGAGCCAUUGCCAUGGAAUGGUGAAAGCGCUGUCCUAGUAUGGAGAAAUAUGUUAUGUGCAUUAGGAAAUGUAAAUUAUAUACAGUGUCUUGUGGACAUGCUGGAAAUGCUAGAAUUAGUCCGUAAUAAUAAAUGUGGAAGCUUUUCAUUAUCUCUACAUUACGACUUUGCUCCUUGGCUUUUUCAAGCUUGUGAUUUGCCUUUAACAUUUACCCCGGGACGAGCAUUGGCAUACGCUGGAUUAUGUAAAAUGAUGUCUCAACGUCAAAAUCAAGAUUUCGACGAGGCGUUUUAUCCCCAUUUUUAUCGCGCUUUACUCAAAGGAUUUUCAGAACAGGACAUUUCAAUAACGCUUGCAAUUGUGAAUAAUUCUACAAAGCUUUUCUCUCGAGGGCUUCCAGGAUAUAGCAUCUUAUGUCAGAGUUUUAUUGAAGCAAUUCGGAAUAUGCUGUUAAAAAAUGACAAACAUAUAGCAGAAGUCGCAAGACAGAAUGCCAUUAAAAUAAUUUGCUCGCUUAUUUGUAUAGUAAAUCAAACGCCGACUGUUAAAGUUCCGAUAAUAUCGUAUGAAAAUCUCGUUCAGUUUAAUAAUACUGAUUUGGACGCAUCAGAAUUAGGUCAUUUCGAUAGCAUGCGAUUUUCUGAAGUGAGAUUGCUUCUGGAGGAUGCUUUAAUAUCUUCCCUUGCAGAUGAAAUGUCGGUUUAUAAUUACGAAACACAUAAUAUGUUGUUAUAUGGAAUUUUUACCUUUGCUUUUGAUGAACUUACCGCUACACCAUGGCCCGACAAAACCAUUGUCAAGGAAUGUUUUCAAGCAAUAUUAGAACAGUUAUAUUGGAGUCACUUGCCAAUUGUUAGUGCAGCUACGGAUUGCUUGAUUUCUUUUGCACAGAAUUCUUCUCUUUGGUGUGAUGAAAAUGGAAUAUACAUUAUGAUAUUGCAAGAAGUUUUUGCAUAUCUUAUUGGUGCCCUGAAUGAACAUCUUAAUUUGCAUAAAACAUCAAAUAGAAAUGGCAGAGGAUUCAUAAUAGCAAAGUUAUUUUAUUGUCUUCUUGAGUGGCUAAUGGUCAUUCCGACAAAUCUUUUCACCGAUACAGAGUUAUGCCAAUUAGUAUUUGAUGUGAUUGACAUGGCACUUGAAGCUUCGGGAUCUGAUUCGCCGAGAAUUUAUAGAAAACACUGCACAAAUUUAUCGAACAAAGGGAGUGGAAAAAGUAAAGACCGAGAUUUUACUGUGAAAUUUAAAAAAGCGGAGAGAAAAGUUGCGUUGAACUCAACUCUUGACAAUGAACAGAAUAUCCACGUGGUUGGAGUAGAGAAUGAUGUGGAAGAUGUUAAUUUUGUCAAAGUAAUAAUUAGUCAUGUUGAUUUCAUGUUGAAAUCAAAUGCAUACAAUGGAUUUAUGGAAGUUGCAGAAUAUGUGUUGUUACAUUUGACACACCACUUGGAUAAUUUUGCUCCUCUUCAUGGUCCUGCAAUGAUGAAUAGUACUUUAAUUGGGCCAUUAGGAAGUGACACUAAAGAUGAUGAAGCCUUAUUUUAUAAAGCUUCUCUUGACGAUAAAUACCCUGAGAGAGUAGAUACGCAUAAGGAUACUGAAGUUAUUGACCAUAUAAGUCUGAGACCUGAUAUCAAAGUUGAGUCAAGUAAUAGUAAACCUAAAUCUGCUGACUCAUCACCAAAGAUAAAAUCACGAUAUCGACCAGGAAAUUUCUUCAAAGAUAAAAAUCGAUUACCUGUUUGGACCGAAACUAGCAGUUCUGAACAUGUAAAUAUGUUAGAUAAUCUACUCCAAUAUAUUGACCAACAAUCAACUUGUACAAAAGAUGAAGAGGGUCUACCUAGCACGUCUUUAAAGAUUGUAAAUGGUUUAUCUCUAAUUGAAGAACAACUAGACCAACACAUACAGGAAGAAACACUUUAUGAAAACUCUAUAAAUAACCAGGCAAAACUAUGGUAUGAUAACAUCAUCUCCGUUAGAAACAAUAUCUUUCAUGAACGUGAAAAUCGUCAUGUUAAAAGACGUUCACGGAAUCCACUUUAUACUCGGUCGACAUCUUACUUAUCACUUGGAGCAGAUUUUUCACUAUCAAAGUCAUUUAUUCCGGUGCUACCUCCUGAAGCUGAAAAACCUACAGAAUCUUACCAACUUUGUCGAUUAUUUUUAAGCCAUCUUGGGUGGCUUAACCCUGAAGCAUUGAAAGAUGAUUCUAUUAGUAUGUUAAAUAAAACACCUAACUUAUUUCGUGAUAUACGCUUUUUAGAUAAGAAACAUGCUCGUGAAGUGAUUAAAGUCGCUCUCUUAUAUGUUGGUCCCGGCCAAGAAAAUGAAAAAAGUAUUUUACAUAAUACGAAUGGUAGCCCUUUGUAUGAUGAAUUUGUAGCAAGUCUUGGAUGGGAAAUUGAACUUGCAACACAUCCUGGAUACCUUGGUGGAUUAGAACGAAAUGCAACCAAUGGUCUUACAUCAAUUUAUUAUUGCACUUCGACGAUGGAAAUAAUUUUCCAUGACGUAACCAGGAUGCCGACAGAUUUAACCGAUCCUAAGCAAUUAAAAAAAGUAUGUAAUGAUCAUGUUCACAUAGUGUUUAACGAGCAUCACAGAGAUUAUCGUAAGACGACUAUUGGAGGUGAUUUUGGCAAUGCACAGAUUGUUGUUACUCCUUUGCCUAAUGGCUUAUUUAGCAUAGACAUUUAUCGCGAUAACAAAAUCCCUCCAUUUGGGCCAUUGUUACAUGGCAUGGUAGUGUCGAAGAAUGUAUUAGGACCUUUGGUACGACAAACUGCAGUUCAAGCAUUUCGGAACAGUUUGCGUAAUCUUCAUAGUUCUAAUAUAACAAUGUAUCAUAAUUCAUAUAUGGAACGUUCAUCAGAUAUUAGCUUGAUAACAGGAAAGCAUAAAAAUCCUAAUUGUAAUACUUUUGAAGCAUUUAUGUCAAAAUUUUUUGUUUCGGAUUAUGUUCAUUAA